AUGGUUUCCAUGCCCAAGUCAGCCACUUCCGAGCAACGCUCACCACUGGAACAAGCGAAACAUGUUGCCGCUUUUACGGCCGGUGAAAAACUCGUGAAACCCGGCUGUCGACUUGGUGUUGGAUCUGGAUCGACUGUUAAAUAUCUUGUCGAUUUUCUCGAGGGUGCUUUCAAAGCAAAUCAUCUUCCUGGAUUGAUCUGUGUACCGACAUCGUUUAUGACAAAGAGAUGGCUUUUAAACGCUGGAUUGCCAGUGUCUGAUCUAGACGCAACACCGGAAUUGGAUAUUUGCAUUGAUGGUGCUGAUGAGGUUGAUGCAAAUUUCACAUUGAUCAAAGGCGGAGGUGGAUGUCUUGUACAAGAAAAGAUUGUUCAAAGUGCUUCGAAAAGUUUCUAUGUUAUUGCCGAUUCUUCAAAGAAAUCACGAGCUCUCGGGGAAAAUUAUUCAAGUAUUCCGAUUGAGGUUCUUCCAUUCGGUGUUCAACCGCUUCUUCAAACGUUACCUGAGAAAUUCGGUGGAGAUUUUCGACUUCGAAUGGCGAUGAAACGAGUUGGACCGGUGAUCACAGACAAUAACUGUUAUAUUAUUGAUUGGGAAUUCCCUAAAGAUAGAGAGUACGAUUGGACAACCAUUCACAAGGAUCUUUCACUGAUUCCAGGCGUUGUUGAUACCGGACUCUUCUUUAAUUGUGUGAAUGGGUGUGGAGAAAAUAUUAGCAAAAUUGCGAUCGCUGGACAAAUGCACGGGAUUGUAUUUUGGGAGAGUGAUGCUUUAGAGAAAGGAGAUUUGAAUUGCUCAAAAUUGUACACUUGGCAAUUUCCAAAGUGUUCCGAGAGGAUACUCGAGAAGUUGACAAGCUACGGUCCAAUCACUGUAUUUCCGGGAUAUGGAUGCGCUACUUUAUCGUAUUUACAAGAAAAUCGUUUGCUUGACGCAAAAUGGAACUCUUGUGGCACUAUUAUGGAUCUUUUUGCAACACUCCUAACUCGAUCUUCUUUUGUUUUGAUUGGUGCACAGAAUGCGAACAGUUGGGGAUGUGCUAGAGAUGGCGAGUGGACAAUUCCAAAGAAUCAAUUUUCCGUGAAAAUGCCUCAAAUUGUUCUUGAUGGAACUUUUUUAACCAAAACUGUGCCAAAAGGAUCGUUUAGCAAUGCCAAAGUCUUGGUACCUUUUGGCGAUUUGCAAACAGCCAUUUACCCAUUCAUCAAAGAUCAUACAGCUGUUUUAAAUAUUGGAACAGCUGCACAGAUUUGUUGCUUAGUGCCGAAUGACUAUCGACCGUCUAAAGAAUUUGAAUACCUUCGCGUUGAUCCAUUUAACAAAGAUCGCAAAUUGCUUCUUGCUGCUGGAUUGAAUGGUGGAACGUCGCUGAACACUUUCUUAAGCGUU